AUGUUUAAGUGCUGGUCAGCUGUUUUGAUUCUUGGAUUCAUUUUUCUGGAGUCAGAAGGAAGGCCAACCAAAGAAGCAGGAUAUGGCCUUAAAUCUUAUCAGCCUCUAAUAAGAUUGCGACACAAGCAGGAAAAAAGUCAAGAACGUUCAAGAAUCAAAGGAUUCCUGAUUCAGGAUGUCCCUUUGGGAUCUUGUGAAAACAAAUACUGUGGUUUGGGAAGGCACUGUGUUCUCAGCAGAGAGACAGGGCAAGCAGAAUGUGCCUGCGUGGACCUUUGCAAUCGGCACUACAAACCUGUGUGUGGAUCUGAUGGAGAAUUCUAUGAAAACCACUGUGAGGUGCACAGAGCUGCUUGCCUGAAAAAACACAAGAUUACCAUUGUCCACAAUGAAGACUGCUUCUUCAAAGGAGAUAACUGCGAGGCCACUCAAUACAGCAAGAUGAAAAGCAUGCUUUUAGAGUCACAAAAUCAAAAAUAUGUUACACAAGACAAUGAAAACCCUAACGGCGAUGACAUAUUUCGGAAGAAGUUGCUGGUGGAUCAAAUGUUUAAAUAUUUUGAUGCCGACAGUAAUGGACUUGUAGAUAUCAAUGAACUAACUCAGGUGAUAAAACAGGAAGAACUUGGCAAGGACCUUUCUGAUUGUACUUUGUAUGAUCUACUGAAAUAUGAUGAUUUUAACUCAGACAAGCACCUGGCUCUUGAAGAAUUUUAUAGAACAUUCCAGGUUAUCCAGCUGAGUCUGCCUGAAGAUCAGAAACUAAGCGUCACAACAGCAACUGUGGGACAGAGUACAGUUCUGAGCUGCGCCGUCCAGGGAGAACUCAGACCUCCGAUCAUCUGGAAACGGAACAAUAUUAUUCUAAACAACUUAGAUUUGGAAGACAUCAAUGACUUUGGAGAUGAUGGAUCCUUAUAUAUUACCAAGGUCACCACGACUCACAUGGGCAAUUACACCUGCCAUGCAGAGGGCUAUGAACACCUCUAUCAGACUCACAUCUUUCAAGUGAAUGUCCCUCCUGUAAUCCGGGUGUAUCCAGAGAGUCAGGCCAGAGAACCUGGGGUAACUGCAAGUCUCAGGUGCCAUGCUGAGGGCAUACCAAAUCCUCAGCUUGGAUGGCUGAAGAAUGGAAUUGAUAUUACACCAAAGCUGUCCAAGCAACUCACACUUCAAGCAAAUGGCAGUGAGGUUCAUAUAAGCAAUGUGCGCUAUGAAGAUACAGGGGCAUACACUUGUAUCGCGAAAAAUGAAGCAGGAGUGGAUGAAGACAUUUCUUCUCUUUUUGUGGAAGAUUCUGCUAGAAAGACCCUAGCUAACAUAUUAUGGAGAGAAGAAGGUCUGGGAAUUGGGAACAUGUUCUAUGUUUUUUAUGAAGAUGGAAUCAAAGUGAUACAACCCAUAGAAUGUGAAUUUCAGAGGCACAUUAAGCCUAGUGAAAAGCUCCUUGGAUUUCAGGAUGAAGUCUGUCCCAAAGCUGAAGGCGAUGAAGUCCAGAGAUGUGUGUGGGCCACAGCUGUCAAUGUCAAGGACAAGUUCAUUUAUGUAGCACAGCCAACUUUGGACAGAGUCCUUCUGGUUGAUGUGCAGUCUCAAAAAGUUAUUCAGGCAGUAAGCACAGACCCCGUCCCUGUGAAAUUACACUACGACAAAUCACAUGAUCAGGUGUGGGUGCUAAGCUGGGGUACCAUGGAAAAGACUUCUCCAACACUACAGGUGAUAACCGUGGCCAGCGGGGACGCCCCACAUCACACCAUCCACACCCAGCCCGUGGGAAAGCAGUUCGACCGAGCGGAUGACUUCUUCAUUCCCACCGCCUCCCUCCUCAUCAGCCACGUGAGGUUUGGAUUUAUUCUUCAUAAAGAUGAAGCUGUACUACAAAAGAUUGAUCUUGAAACCAUGUCAUACGUCAAGACCAUUAACUUGAAGGACUGUAAGUGUGUCCCUCAGUCGCUGGCAUAUACACACUUGGGAGGAUAUUAUUUUAUUGGCUGUAAACCCAACAGCACUGGGGCGGUUCCCCCACAGCUCUUGGUGGACAGUGUAACUGACUCGGUCAUUGGGUUCAACAGUGAUGUGACAGGCACUCCGUAUGUCUCUCCAGACGGACACUAUGUUGUCAGCAUCAGUGACGUGAAAGGUCUUGUGAGGGUCCAGUACAUCACCUUCAGAGGGGAAAUACAAGAGGCUUUUGACAUUCACACAAACCUGCACAUAUCUGACCUGGCCUUUCAGCCAUCGUUUACGGAAGCCCAUCAGUACAACAUCUACGGUAGUUCAAGCACACAGACUGAUGUGCUCUUUGUGGAGCUCGCCUCUGGGAAGGUUAAGAUGAUAAAGAGUCUUAAGGAACCACUCAAGGCAGAGGAAUGGGCUUGGAACCGGAAGAACAGGCAAAUCCAGGACAGUGGCUUGUUCGGUCAGUAUCUGAUGACCCCUUCCAAGGACUCUCUCUUUAUACUAGAUGGACGACUCAAUAAGUUAAACUGUGAGAUCACUGAAGUUGAGCAAGGAAAUACAGUCGUCUGGGUUGGAGAUGCCUAGGAGCCCUAUUAAACAAUUAUUAACUGACGAGCUUUCCAGUACACUGCACUUAAUCCAU